CCCCCACCACCACUUCCCCUCCCUCACCCCCUCCCCUCAUCUUCAAGAUGGCGGACUUCGACACCAUCUAUGAGGAUGACGAGGAGGAGGAGGAGGAUGAUGAGGAACGUCUGGCUGAGGAGAAUCUCAUCCGAUACGCGCCCGAUCCCGUGGUCGUACGCGGCUCCGGCCACAUCACCGUGUUCGGGCUGAGUAACAAGUUUGACACAGAAUUCCCUUCUGUCCUCACGGGGAAGGUAGCCCCUGAGGAGUUCAAGUCGAGUGUGGGGCGUGUGAACGGCUGCCUCAAGAAGACCAUGCCAGUCAACUUCCGCUGGCUGCUGUGCGGCUGCCUCUGCUGCUGCUGCACCCUCGGAUGCAGCCUGUGGCCCGUGGUGUGCCUCAGCAAGAGGACGCGCAAGUCCAUAGAGAAGUUACUCGAGUGGGAGGACAGCAGACUGUACCACAAGUUGGGGCUGCAUUGGCGCCUGAGCAAGAGGAAGUGUGAGAGUAGUAACAUGGUGGAAUACGUGAUUCUCAUUGAGUUCAUACCAAAAUGCUCCAUCUUUAGACCGGACUAACAUCAACAACAA